AUGAGUAAUGAAAAAACAACAUAUGCAGAGCUAAAUUUGACUAAAAAGUCAAAAAAACAACAAAUAAAACCUAGAGGUGCUAAAGGCUUCACUUCAGGAACAGAACAAGAAAUAUACUAUGCAGAAUUAAAUCUUCAAAAUGCUACUCAGUCUCCUCAGGCAAAUGACAAGAACUACCACUGCAAAGGAUUACUGUCACCUCCAGAGAAGCUCAUUGCUGGGGUCCUGGGAAUAAUUUGCUUUGUCUUGGUGUGCAUUAUAAUAAUUAGAGUGAUUACUACUCAUUCUACCCAGACUCUAAGGCAGAAUAAUUCUUCCGCAAUUAAUACAACGAGCACUCAGAAAGCUGAAAAUAACUCUCUGGUGCCUCCUUGUGCUCACUGUCCUCCUGAGGGAUUUACAUAUUUCAACAACUGCUACUAUACAAAUCAUGAAAAAAUGUCAUGGAUCGAGAGUGUGGUGGCCUGUGAUUCUCGCCGGUCUCGCCUGCUUUAUAUAGAGAGUGAAGAAGAAAUGAAAUUUCUGGUCUCCAUAUUACCUCCAAGUUGGGUUGGAAUAUUUCGUAACACCACACAUCAUCCAUGGAUGUCAAUAAAUGGUUCAAUUUCCAAACUAAAGAUUAAAGAAAAAUCAGCUGGAGAAUCUAACUGUGUUAUUGUCUCACCUAGCCUCAAUGCAGACAUUUGCACAUAUCCACAUUCUUAUUAUUGCAAGCAUAAACUUCAGAAUUAGUACAGCUACAUAUGAAUUCUGUUGAAUAAAUUAAUAAUCUUAAAGAUACUAGCUCAUUUUGCAUGUAAUAAUGACCUUACCAAAUAAAAUUGAAGUGUACAAAAGUAAAGUUUUAGUAAUUAGUGUAAAGUUUCUAUAUGUACCUUUCCUAUUUCAGGGAAAUUAUUUCUAUAUUUUAUCCCAAAUAUAAGGCUUAUUGAAUUUUUGUCAUACUUAAAGAAAUUUACAUUUUUCUUCAAUAGAAGAAUAUUCCCAUUUUUCUACUAGAUGCUAUAAUUCUAUCAGUGUGAUAAUUUUUAUUGUUUUUGUUUAGAUUGGAAUAACAAAUAUUUUCCAUUUUGUGUUUGUAAACUAAUGGUAAAAUUAGUUUACCAUUAAUUCUAAAAUAAACUGCAGUGAGUGGAUGUACUAUUUUUGUAUUUAAAAUCAGUGUGUCUCUGGGGACUGGAGCAAUAGCACAGCGUUUGCCUUGCACACGACCGACCUGGGUUCUAUUCCCAGCAUCCCAUAAUCAUAUCUCCCUGAGCCCCCUGAGCACGGCCAGGAGUAAAUGCUGAGUGCAUGAGCCCGGACAACCCCUGUGCAUCGCCAGGUGUGACCCAAAGAGAAAACAAAAACAAAAAAACAUAAAAUCUGUGUGUAUCUAUAUUUAUUUGAGAUUUUUUUAAGACAAUAUCACAGACUAGAGUAAGUUUUUAUUUAUAACUCUAUACUUAGAUUUUAUCAAGGUGACAUAAGGAAGCUACAUAAGGUAGAGCAAUAGCACAGCAGGUAGAGGGUUUGCCAUGCACGUGUCUGACCCAGGUUUGGUUCCUCCACCCCUCUCAGAUAGCCCGGGAAGAUACUGAGAGUAUCCCACCCACACGGCAGAGCCCAGCAAGCUACAAUUGGCGUAUUCGAUAUGCCAAAAACAGUAACAACAAGUCUCACGAUGGAGUCAUUAUGGUGCCCACUCAAGCAAAUUGAUGAAAAUGGGAUGACAGUGCUGUACAGUGCUGUACAUAAGAAAGCAUUUGCUUAUUGUAUCACCAUAUAAUAAUUGUAUGAUAGGACUCACACUCACACACACACACACGUCUAUAUUAUUGACAUAUUUACAUAUAGAUAACUAUAUGUCUAUACCUAUAUCAUAUAUAUGUCUAUAUCAUUGAAGGGUGCUCAUAUAUAUAUCGGGCAGGAAAUAAAGUACUCCAGCCGUGCUCAGGGGUCAUUCCUAGCAAUGAUUUGGGGAACAUACAAAGUGCUGAAGAUCAAGCAGGAUCCAACUGAAAGGAAGAUAGCACUGACCAUGUAUAUUUUAUGCGUUUGUUUGGUGUCAAAUUGAACAGUGCUAAGGACUCUGUGCCUAUUUGUUGUAAUGCAUUUUUGUAAUUUUCAUUUUCUAAGAUUUUCAGUUGCUGUAGACAUUAAAAUAUAUUUAUAAUUUUGUAUUAUUACCUGUUUAUGUGCAUAAAAAGCAUCACAGCUGAAAAUGAAGCUUUUUGUUUUUCCAACGUUCUCAAAAGUCAUUUUUACCAUUAUUCGGUAUUAUCAUGAAAACAUCUUGGCUCUGGUGCUCCCUAAUUGCCAUUCUGAUGUUUCUAGUAAUUAUCAGUUUCUUCUUUCUACUUCCUUUGCUACUUCUUUUUCCCCAAACCUGGACUGUUAAGCCACAUCCAAGGUGUUCAAGAGAUAUUUCUGGCACUGUGCUUGUGGAUCAUUCUUGGCAAUUUCAGGGGGUCACAUGUGGUUCUAAGGAUAGAACCACCUGGGUCUGCCUGUCCCUCAUCCUUAUGCUCUGUGCUUGCUCUCUGACCCUUUACUUUCCUUGCAUUGCCCCUAAUUCAGCCUUCCAGUUUUCUUUUGUAUAGUUUAUUUCUCUCUCUCUCUUUAUCUCUGUAUCUCUCUCUCUCUUUAUCUCUCUCUCUCUUUCUCCCUCUCUCUCUCCUUCUCUCUCUCAUUUCUUGAGUUCUUUUUGCUUUUUAUUCUCUCCUUCCUCCCUUCCUAUUUAUAUCUGUACACAAUAGACUUAAUUUCAUAAUUUUCUUUCCAUUUAUACGUAAUGUGAUAAUUCAUUCUGUCCAUUUAACCUUAAUUGCUGAGUUAAUUAGGGAUGUAUUAGUGAAUUUUAAGCCAUAAAAGAAUAUUCAUGUAUUUGGUAUUCCUUGCACUUUUAGGUAAACUCCUGUUAGAAAAAUUUCUGCAAACUAGGAAUGUCCUACAUUUCUCUUGAAUAUGACUUCUGUGAUUGAGUAACCACUCUUAAUUUUUAUUUUAUUUAUUUUUGCUUUAGGGUAAAACCUGGUGGUGUUCAGGAUUUUCUCCUCACUUUGUGCUCGGGGAGCACUCCUGGCAGUGCUCAGGGGGUCAUACCAGAUUAGCCAAGUCUAAGGCAAGCUCCUCACCCUCAGGGUUACUGCUCUGGCCCCUUUUAAUUUCCCCCCUUUUUAUUGAUUCACCAUGAGGUACAGUACAGAGCUUUCAUGUUUGAAUUUAGACAAAAUCUAAAUUCAUAUAAUCAUCAAACACCCAUCCCUUCACCAGUGCACGUUUUUUACCACCAAAGUCCCCAGUAUCCCCAUCCCCACCCCCAUUCCACACCUACCCUUGACUACAUGGCAGACAAUUUGCACAAUACUCUUUCUCUAAGUUGGUCACCUUUGAUAUUUGAGCCCAGUCCCACCACCCCUCAUACCUGCCAAAAAUGCAAUGCUAGACAAUGUGUUUUGUAUUGCUUGUUAUGGAUACAAUACAAUGUCACGUGGCUGCAAGAGCGGCUUGGAGCUCUAGGAAUUCUAAACUUUUCAUAAUUAGGGUCUGGAGAGAUCGCUGCAGCAAGUUUCUGGGGUCCAAGAUUCAUUUGUGUGUCUCUGGAUCAUGACCGUGUGGGAGCUUAAGCAGAUGGUGGCUGUGUGUGGGUGUCAUCUCAGAGUCCCAUGGGAGGGGGGUAGGAGAAGGACCGACUCAACCUGUCUCGUGAGGUCUGGCAUUUCCAACCACCAUGACCCGUACCUGGAGCUUUUUGCCGAGUUCUAGAAGAUGACAGCCGCUGGGAUUCCUAGGGGGCAGGCGAGGGAUGGCACCUGCACCCAGCUGGAGUGGCCCCAACUGGAGUGGCCCCGAGAAAAUGGCCUUGCAAAAGUGGUGGCCCCCUUUAAUUUUAAAUUUUAUUUAAUUAACUUAAAAUGAACUUUAAUGUCUACAUUACAGGUGAUCUUGUCUAGUGUCUGCUGGAGGAACAUCACAGUUCAGUAAUGUUAUAAUAUCAUAAGAAUUAUGAAUUUGUACUGCAGCUAUGAUGUAUGUGAACAUAAAAGUUUAUCUUAUUUGUGUAUUUAUCAUGCAUAGAAUCAUUACUUAUAUGUUAUGAUUAUGUGCAUUGUUUAUGUGUAUACAGUACAGAUUGUGUGUGAAUAAAAAUCUAUCCUGGUGGAUCAUCUUGUUUUAUAAGCAGUGAAAAUUGUUUAAUUCUCUAUUUUUGAUUUUUAUUUCUUACUUUUGCAAAUCUGUUAUUUUAUUAUGUUCACAAGGCUCUCAUAAACCAUUGAAAAUCAAUUGCAGCUGUAUACAUCAUUAUAAAACCAUCAUUUUUGCAACAUUGAUUCAAUUAAUUCAUUUUUAAAUAUAUUCUUUCAUGUUUUAAAGUUUA